CCAUAUUGUCGCAUGCUUCAAAAAUGUGUAUAUGAUUUGCUGGGGAUCCUAAGGAUGCAUUUUUCAUUAUCAAUUUGUGCUGCUUCUAAAACCUCGAGAAGUUGGCUUUGACGAAAUGAAACGGUUUGGUUCUUUUCUACAGGAGGGAAAGAUGAGCUGGUCUGCGGCCGGUGCAGUGGACUACAAAGGAUUCCCUGCUGACCAAUCUAAGACUGGUGGCUGGGUAGCUGCAGCACUCAUCCUAGGAAUAGAGAUGUGUGAGAGACUGUCAACUAUGGGAAUUGCAGUGAAUCUAGUGACCUACUUGGUCGGGACGAUGCAUCUUCCCAGCGCUGAGUCGGCGAACAUCGUGACCGAUUUCAUGGGCACUUCAUUCCUGCUGUGCUUGCUUGGAGGUUUCCUUGCCGAUUCCUUCUUGGGCAGAUACCUCACCAUUGCCAUAUUUUCUGUGAUCCAAGCAUUAGGAAUGGGCCUGCUCUCCAUAUCGACCAAACUUCCCCAGCUUCGGCCACUGCCAUGCAGUGCUACAAGCAGCAGCUGCCAGCAGGCCAGCGGAUUACAAUUAGACGUUCUGUACUUGUGCCUCUACUUGAUUGCACUGGGUACCGGAGGCCUCAAGUCGAGUGUGUCAGGCUUCGGAACCGACCAGUUCGACGAGAAUGAUGACAAGGAGAAGAGUCAGAUGGCCUUCUUCUUCAACAGGUUCUUCUUCUUCAUCAGCACCGGCACCCUCCUUGCAGUCACAGUGCUGGUCUACAUACAGGACCGAGUGGGCCGGAGCUGGGCCUAUGCCAUCUGCUGCAUCUCCAUGCUUAUUGCCAUCUCCGUGUUCCUCUCGGGGACCAGGAGAUACAGGUACAAGAAGAGCUUGGGAAGCCCAAUCGUCCACAUUCUCCAAGUUGUCGUGGCUGCAGUGAGGAAGAGGAAACUCCAAUUUCCUCCCGGCAUCAGUCUCUUGUACGAGGACUGCCCUGAGGCCUCCAGGAUCCAUCACACGGAACAGUUUUGCUUCCUGGACAAGGCUGCAAUCGUGGUGGAAGGAGACAAUCUGCAGGUAAGCAAUGGGAGAGCGAGCUCAAACCCCUGGACACUGUGCUCGAUCACCAGGAUAGAGGAGGUGAAGAUGAUAAUCAGGCUGCUCCCUGUGUGGGCUACGACUAUAAUUUUCUGGACCAUCUAUGCCCAGAUGAUCACAUUUUCUGUCGAACAAGCAACGACCAUGCAGAGGUCCAUCGGGAGAUUCCAGAUCCCAGCAGGAUCCCUAACCGUCUUUUUUGUUGGCGCCAUUCUAAUCACUCUAGCAGUAUACGACCGUGUGAUCAUGCCCCUCUGCAGAAUGUGGAAAGGCAAUCAAGGCUCUACCAAUCUGCAGAGGAUUGGCAUCGGGCUGGCAUUAUCCGUGGCAGGCAUGGUAGCGGCAGCACUGAGUGAAAGGAAAAGGCUCUCAGUGGUGAGAGAUGUGGGAGCUGCAGCAGCUCUGAGAAUGGAGACGAUGCUGCCCAUAAGCGUGUUCACACUGAUCCCACAGUUCUUCCUCGUGGGCGCUGGGGAAGCGUUCAUAUACACGGGCCAACUCGAUUUCUUCAUAACACGGUCCCCUAAGGGCAUGAAGACGAUGAGCACUGGCCUUUUCCUGACGACGCUCUCGGUGGGGUUCUUCUUUAGCAGCUUCCUGGUGUCGAUCGUGAAGAACGUGACGGGCGGCAAGGAUGGCAUGGGGUGGUUGGCCGACAACAUCAACCAAGGCAGGCUUGAUUGCUUCUAUGGCCUUCUUGCUGGUCUCAGCGCAAUCAAUCGGGUCUACCUUGUAUGUGCUGCUUGGGCCAAACCGCAGACCACUGAGAAACAUCCUAGUCACAUGGAGAGCGUCCUCAAGAACUCCAACGGAGACGACAAGUGCUAGCGACUAGCAUUGUCCGGCCCUUUAAUUUGAUUGGGACGACAUUAGUACGUACACAGCCUCAAAUUGUUAGGAUUAUGAAGAAAUUUAAGUACUGUCUUCUCUGUGACUCUGUGAACAAAGUCACGGUUGCAUUCUCCAGUCUUCCCGUCUUGCUAGUUUUGCAUCGAUACAGCGUCUACUGCUGCUCUUUGUUUGUUUGAUUAUGUACUGCAUGUUUUGUAUUUA